CGCAUGCGCUCUGAGAGCGCAGCCCGACAGGCGCUCCCGGCCCCGCAGCGCCCCCUGCAGACCUCGCGAGCGACCCGCAGUUGUGUCCCGGCCCGCCCACCCGACGGCCCGCCCGCCCGCCCGCCCUUCUUGGCUCAAGUGCCCGUAGUCCUGGAGAAAAAGGGACGCACAGGGACCGGGGGUUCAGUGUCCAAGACCCCCGAUGCCUUUGGGAAGAUGGUGAAGAAAGGAGACAGGCAGGCCAAGGAGAAGCCGCCGCCCGUGCUGACGCCCGUGGGCGAGGAGGAGCCCAAAUGCCCAGAGGAGUAUCAGUGUGUGGGAAUCUUGGAACAGGAUUUUGUCGAACUCUGUAUUCGUUCAGGAUAUACAGAUUACCCCAAAGUGGUCGUCCGCAAUCAUGGUCGCUCCAUCUCUGCCUCUGAAAAGCUGUGGAGGAACCGCGGGUCUCUGCCUCCACUAGCCAAAACAGCCUCCAACAGAUUGAGACCAAGUAUGCCUUCUUCCGGCCCACCAUCCAAGUGGAACUGGAGCAAGAGGAUCCCAAAUCAGUUCGGGAAAUCUUCAUCCGAGGUGAGCUUCCUUCUUCCAUCCCCUGCCCCAAGAUUCAGCCCUUCCUACUCUACUUCAGUCUCCUCUCUCCCUCCAGGUUGGAAACUGGCAGAUCCAAUUCUAAGCAUUCUCAGCAAGUGUCUGCCCUCUCUCACCCAGCUGCAGGCCAUCAACUUGUGGAAAGUGGGGCUGACUGAUGAAACCUUGACCACCUUUAUUGCCCUCAUUCCUACUUGUGCCUCCACUCUCAAGAGAGUGUUGCUGGAGGGAAACCCGAUCAAGGAACAGUCUUACCACAGGCUCAUGGUCCCAGAAAGCACCAUCACGCACUUGUCCCUGAGGAACAACAACAUCAAUGACCAGGGUGCACAACUCCUGGGCCAGGCUCUGUCCACACUGCAUACCAGCAACCGAACCCUGGUCUCCCUCAACCUGGGCUACAACCACAUUGGAGAUGUGGGCGCCAGCUACAUAGCAGAUGGCCUGCGACUGAACCGCUCCCUGCUCUGGCUAUCCCUGGCCCACAAUCGCAUCCAGGACCAGGGUGCUCUGAAGCUAGCUGAGGUCCUGCAGCCUUUCGAACUAACACACAUUGAGGUGGUAGAACGCCGACGACUUCUGCUAGAAAAGGGGACUCAGGACCGAUCAAAACUAGUAAAGGGAUCGCCCACUUCUUCCCGCCAUGGAGAACGAGACCGGCCUCUCUUGGGGAUUGGUAGUACUGGGGCCAUUGACAAGCUUCAGGGACUCAAGAUCACCAAAGGCAGCUUGGCAAAGAAAAAGGAAAAGGAAGUAAUAAAAAAAGAAGAGAAGCCCGGGAUUGGGACAUCCCCCACACAGAAUGUUCCCAAAAGAGAUGACCCUUCCAAGGGUUCUAAAGGGAGGGUAACCAUUCCGGAACAGAAGCCUGGUCGGGGAAAGGGGACCAAGAUGGGGCCCAAGGAGAAGCGAAGUACACUUGCUGAGUCUGAAGUAAUUCAGAAAAAGUUAACCCCUGAACCUACUGAGAUGCUCAAUCCUCUUCUAGAGCAGACAGAGCAUAAAAAUGGGAAAGUUUUCUUGCCAGGAAACAAAGUCCUUAUGCACCUCAAUCUUAUUCGGAACCAAAUCACAGAAACGGGUUUGAAAGGCUUCCUCAGUGCUGUUCGAUACCAAGUGAAGUAUACCAAACCCAAGACUCCUACUAAGGGCCCAUCAGGAUUGCUAAAACUGAUGCUCGGGAAAAAUUCCUUUCCCCCAGAAUGUGAAACCUACACUACAAUCCAGGAUUUGAUGCUUCCUCGGGAGCUCAAGACUAGAAGAGAUGAAGAAGGUCCAUCUGCCUCUGUCCCCUGAGUGGGAGAGGGAUAAAGGAGUAACACCCCAUUUCUGGGUUACUAAUAAAAUCCUCUUGUUCCUUUGUU